GGGUUGCCGUGCACGCGCUCCAUCUUCCCCUUUGAGAAUCGUUGGAAGAGAGCGCGCGCCUCAGAACUCAACAGCUGCACACAGUGAGGACUCGCCAAGUAGAGCAAAUAUGAUUCACAUUCAAACAAUUGAAUAGGUGAGGUGUCCACCAGCGACGCGUUGUGAAAUGAAGAGGCAACUCACACAAACAGCUUCGCUUACUGAAUUCAGUCGCACCGUAGUGUCAUUAUUAAUCCGGAAACUCUGAGUUGGUAGGUAUUGUUUGGUUCCUAAUAAUCUGGACAGUGUGUACAGCAGAGGACAAUGCCGACUCACUCGUUGCUGCCGUGUUUGGAGAGCCCAGAUGAACUUGCCCAAGAUGUUCUUAUUAGUAACAAUGCAAGCAUCCCAGGGCCUGGCUCUAGCAUGACACCACACACCGCAUACUCAGAAAAGGCUGUGUUGCAAUCUGGAGGAAGUGUAUCACUAUCUUGUAUGUUCUGUGAUCAGACUUUUACUCACCAGGAUGAGCUAGGACCCCACGUAUUAACACAGCACCCCACCACUUUCUUUGAACCAGCUGUGCUUCAAGUUGACGCCGAAUUUAGGAUCCCAGGAGAGAGGCCCCGUCCCAAACCGAGCAGUAUCCCUCCUGAAAAAGAGGAGGUUCACAGCUGUAUUGUGUGUGGUCAGGUUUCACAAGAUGCCAGUGAGCUGGAGACUCACAUGAGGAAACACAAGGACUACUUUACUUACUGCUGCAAUGUCUGUGGACGGCGGUUUAGAGAGCCAUGGUUCCUCAAGAACCACAUGAAGAUGCAUGUAAAACCGGGGGCAAAGAGCAAGGCCCAGCAAGACCUGGAGACCCCGGUCACAGUCAAUGGCAUUGUCCAAGACCCUGCUCCAGAGCCUGUAGUCACAGUUUACAAAAUGUGCAUGGUUUGUGGGUUUUUCUUCCCUGACCAUGAAAGUUUGGUUGAACAUAGUAAAGUACAUAAUCGAGAGGUGGAGCCUGGCAAAGACAAAGACAAGGAGAACAUGGAUGACACUACUGAAUCUCUUGCCACACAGGAAACAUUUCUUUGCAGUCUAAGACUUCAGCCUCGCUCUACAGGAAAUAGUUUGCAACAUGAGAGAUCAUCAAAAUGGAUUCCCCAGCUAGAUCCCUUCAACACAUAUCAGGCUUGGCAACUUGCUACAAAGGGCAAGAUAGCAGUUGGUCCUAAUACUACUAAAGAUGUUGGCCAGGAAGCCAGCACAGACAAUGAAGAAUGUGGCUCUGAUAAGGAGGAGUUGAAUAAUAUUUGGUCUGAGGGACAAGGAGACAAAGUUACAAAAGAUGUCCUUGGGAGAGAGCUCCGGUCUCAGCAGCAGACUGUUGGAGAAAACCCAGAACCACAGCGGAGGUCUCUGAUGCAAAAAGAUAAGGACAAAGAAAGGCCAACCACUUGUGAGGAAUGUCAGAGAACCUUCAGGACCUACCACCAGUUAGUUCUCCACUCCAGAGUCCACAAGCGUGAGAGGGGUGGUGAAGAGAGUCCAACUUCUGUUGAUGGGAAGUUGUCGAGAGCAGGGUCACUUGAGCAUGCAGAGGAAGGCUCUGAGGAGGGCUUUGAGGAAGCAACAUUGACAGAAAACCUGGGUCCAGGUGAAGAAGGUUUUGAUCGAUCAAAGGUCCGAUCAAAAGGAUGCAGUUACUGUGGCAAAUCAUUCCGAUCAAGCUACUACCUCACAGUUCAUCUGAGGACUCACACAGGUGAAAAACCCUUCAAGUGUGCUUACUGUGACUACGCUGCAGCCCAGAAGACUUCCCUAAAAUAUCACCUGGAUCGGCGUCACAAGGACAAACCUUACACGGACAUUCCCAGCAGACCUGUGCCUUUAGUGCCCUCCCCUAAUGACGGAAAACAUGGAAAUGAACAUCCUGCUCCAAAUAGAUCCAAACUCUGGGUUCCUGGAGCCAGAUCAUGCCCCAGUGGAGAACCAGAGGACACAUUUGAUAGCAUAGGUAGCAAGCCUGGCAAGCCACUCGUCCAGAUGAAUGCUGAGUAUGAGAAAUUAAUUGCUAAGUCUGCUUACUCCCCGAUUGAUGAUGUGGUCGUAAAGUGCCUCGUACCUGUUAACCUGAAGAUGGAAAAGGAGGAGAUAAAAGACGAGAACUCUGAGGCCCCAUUAAAUCUGUCUUUAAAACUCUCUCUCUCCAUCUCUGCCAUUGCAGAACCCAGAAAUGCAUCAAUCCCCAUUGCCUGUUCGUUUUGUGCAUAUAAAACCAUGUACCCAGAGGUUCUGAUAAUGCACAAAAAGCUGAUUCAUAAAGACAAGUUAGACAAUACAAAAAAGAAUGGAUUUGGAGGCGGUUCAAAGCAAAAACGUUACACAGGUUGCCCCCCUGCGCUUGAUGGGAACGAUGUCACCCCGCUUCCAAUGAUUGAUCGGCGCCACCCUCGUCGAACAAAGUCUCCACCCCCUCAACCCCCCCAAUCUUCAAAUCCACAAGAAAAGACCCCUAUUAACCCCCCCAAAGUUCCUAAGCGGUCCCCUAUACAUGCACCCCUACACGAUGUUGUCCAGGAGUCCCAGCGUCAUAGACAUAACAUUGAUACACAUCCCAGUCAGGAAUCUUCCAGAUACACUGAGCUCUUGAGGAAAUCGAACACCGGCAGCAAAUACGUCAUGGACCGACCAGGCCCCCCAGACAGAGUGGGAAUUGGUGAGAGGAGUUACCCAGCAAGAAGUGGCGUCAUUUGGCACUCAGAUGCUGCCAGGCUGUGCCUGUCGAGCCGCUUUGGGAGCCUCCCCCAGUUGGAUUUUGGUGAACCUUCCAGCAAGAGAUACAAAUAUGGGGUACCUAUAGGCAGGGAAGCUGACACCAGUGAGAAACCUGGCUACAGAGGAACAGGAGGGGAUGGUCCUAACAGGCUGCUUAUCUCAGGGAGAAGUGUGAAAACCACAUCACAAAGCUCUGGUCCAGCUACAGUUUCUGAGACAAUGGGUCCUUUGAAGACUACACCUACAACUAUUGGAGGUUUGGACAGUGAGUGGAGCAUGAUGAACCUUCUGCGCUCGUACACACCCAAUGACCUGGCAUCUCUCUAUCACAGCACAUCAACUAACCCUAGUCAUGCAGGACUGGCCAACCCAAGAACAGGGGGCAGAACUAUGCUGUACCAACACUUACCCACUCUGCCCAACCUGCAGAGGAGAGAUCCCUCAGGCCCUUUCCCUAAUCAACGCUAUGGGACCACUGACAAAAGUACCUAAAGUGGCACCAAGAUUUGAACUGUGCUGCUACCUUAUUUUGGAGAGCUUCUUGGAAAGUUUAAUGUAUGGAUUUAAGAGAGAUGGUUUGUGAUGAAAGUAUCUAGGCUCCCCUAAUUUCAUAUUUUUUUCAAUAGAGGAAAAUUGUGUUGCAUAGACAUUUUAGGGCUGAGGUCUUCAGUGUACAUUUGUUUUCUUUGUUUGAAUGGGAAAAAGUGCAGAUCACCUCUCUUUGAAGAUAUUAUUCCACUGGUGUGCACUGUAAUUUUCUUUUUUCACUCAAAAGUUUUGCUUAUCCAUAUUUGACCCACACUAAUUUUCAAAUAUCUGUAAGUGUCUAUGAUAUAACAGUAAAAUUUGUAUGUGGGAUCACAUAAAUAUAUCUGAGUUCAUUACAUAGAAAUAUAUUAAGUAAAAACUUAAAGAAAUAUAAAUUGUGUGAACAAUUGCUGCUCUGUUCACUUACUGUUGAGUCCCAGGCGGUAAUUAAGCACUAUUCAAUUUUUUUGCUUUUCCAAUGCACUGAUGGGUGUUGGGAUUUUCUGUGGAAUAACUUGAUGGCCUCGGCCCAGUGGUUUACAAACAGGCCACAGUAACGAGUCCUGUGUAGAAGGGGUCUACCUCAUGUUGUGCUCUAGACACUGUUAAUUUUGUCAAGCUGCUGUAGCUAUCAUGUCAGCUUAGCCUCUGUACCUAUAGCUACUCGUCUAUCGACUAGAGACAGAUGUUUUGAGUUGGGGCAUAACUAGAUGGACAUGUGUUUGUCAGGCACCACAUAAAAAAACCCCUCAUCUGGUGAGGGGGAAAAACUACUGCUGAGGCUAUAUCGACCUAUGGCACAUGAUUAACUGUAACACAACACAAUAUGGGUUGUGGGUUUCUUUGAUACACUUGGUAUUUACAAGCCCAUAACACAACAGAUUUUGUUGUUUGUCCUUUUGAAAUGGCUAAUGGCUAUCAUCUGCUUUAGUGGUGCCUCAAAUCCAUGAGCUGUAAAAUGUACCAAACUGAAUGACUUGGUGUAUAUUAAAUGGUGGGUCUGUAUUAUUUAGACUGCACAUUUAGUCACUAUUCAGGAGUCUGCUUUUACUACACAGUCUUGAAAGUGUUAUUUUGUUUCAACUGGCACCAGUCAGUCCCGGCUGGUCAUCCAGCGGCCUUGUAGAUGUUGUAUGACUGUGUAGUUUGGGGGGAAAAAAUACAAAAUCAGCUAUGAUGAUUUAUGGCUCGAUUAAUUACACACUGUGAACAAGAAGUCUCAGGUUAACUCAUAUUUACAAGCUGUUUAGUCUGUUUAUAAUUUAGUAUUUUUGCCAUUUUGAAAGGUUUGGGUUAAGUUAUUUCUUUUUUGUUGUUUGGUAUUCACAUUACAUGUGGACUUAUGUAAAAAUGAAAAUAUUGUUUGAGAUUUGUAUGACACAUUUCAAUAAUAAAGUAAGAGGCGAAAAGCUC